AUGGCAACCUACAAAGCUCUGGUAUUGGAGCAGUUCGGCACGUCCCUGGUCCUGAAAGAUGUUCAAACCCCACCUGUUACGCUCGGCUCAGCGCUCGUCGCACCACUCUAUGCGAUGAUACCUCCGCUACUUCCGGUGCUGUUAUCUGGUGCUUUCAAGGAGCAACUGUUGUUUCGAACUUCCUUACUCAAUACCAAAUCACCUGUCAAUUUCAUUGCUAUUUGUUCUAGCACCGCUCCGCUGCAGAUUACAUCUAAUGUUUCUAGUAUCCAACCUUUCCCUCCCUACACUCCGGGCUAUUCUUGCGUUGCAAGUAUCCUUUCUCUUCCCCCCGAUGCCAUCACCCUUCAGAUCGGCGACCUUGUUUGGGUCGAUGCCACGAUCCGAAGCCGCGACAAUCCACACACCGAAAUCAUUCGCGCCUCCCUCUGUGGCGCUGACCCGGGCUCGCUGACCCUCAUGAAGAGCGUCUCGAACGAGGGGGUUUUUAUUGAGAAAUUGCCUGUUCCGCUAGAAGGGAUUUUUUAA